AUGGAGGCCAGCUGUGGCUCAUCUUGCCCAGUUCCUGAAGGCUUUUACAACUAUAGCCCCAACGUUGGCGGCAACGCCGUGCUACUUGCUAUUCACGCUCUCUUCUUGCCUGCGGUCCUAUACUUUGGUGUGAGACUGCGUACUCGAUUCUUCUCGUUAACCUUGGCAACAGGGCAUCUUCUGAGCUUGCUUGGCUUUGUUGGCAGAGUCUUGCUGCAUCAAACACCCGAUAACCCUGGGCACUUCCUGCUGUCACUCUUGGGCACAGUAUUAGGUCCAUCAUUUUUCACAGCUUCGAUAUUUGUGGUAAUCCCGCAUAUCCGGCGUGUUUAUGGAGAACACCUUGGUCAAAACAAGCCGACACUUGCCGCUUACACCUUGUUUGGCUUGACUACUGUGGCUAUUGCGGUCGAGGUGGUUGGGAUUGUGUUUGUUACUUACGGAUAUAACGGCCUAUCAAGAGCAAAAUGUGCUGCAAUCGUGGUUUCCGGCCUGAGUGUCCAGGCUGUAGCACUGCUGGGGAGUGCAACUGCGUACUUUUGCCUCGUCUUACAACUAAGCUCCGGUGACCGCGUCUCGGAUGGCAUUGAGAUAUCCACCACAGCCCUCCUCGCGUAUUCAAUCUAUAGAAUAGUUGAGCUGGCUGGCGGCGUGGAUGCUGGCUUGUCUCAGAACGAAAUUGCCUUUAUGAUAAUGGACGGUGCAUUGCCGCUAGUGUCUGCCAUUCUUCUCACAGCUUUCCACCCCGGUGCUGCCUUUGGAGCAGCCUGGAAGCAAACAUCGCCUCGCCAGCCGAAUCGACCGAGUCCCUUGCCUCUUGACGAGGAUGAGCAUCGGAAGAGCUAUAACACACACUAUGCCUACGACCCAAAUAUCCGUCAACACUUGUCCCCGAGGUCAUACACGUCACAAAAAAUGGCGGGGAGCCCUUACGGGCAAGAAACACCGUCCGGGCCCUCUGGACUGCCCUCGAACCCGAGACCAACCCCGAAGCCUCCAAGCCCAAAGGUUCCAUCUCCGAGGUCGAAUGUUUCUACAAAUAAGCGCUUCAGCGACAGAUCAGAGAGGCGAGUCAAUCUGCAGAAGGACAUGGUGGACAGUGACGCUCUGUGGUAG